AAUUUAUAGUUGUUGAUCCGUGUCUUGAACACUUGCUCAUUUCACCUAUUUCUACAUUCCUCAUCGACGUCCAGCAAAAUGGCUAGCGAAAAGAAGGAUAAGCUCGAGGCGCAGAUCAAGUCCGUCGACAUGACGGAGGAUAUGCAGCAGGAGGCUGUUGAAGUUGCAAUUGAGGCAAUGGACAAGUACCACAUUGAGAAGGACAUUGCUCAAUACAUUAAGCGAGAGUUUGAUUCGCGCAAGGGUGCGACAUGGCACUGUGUCGUCGGGAGGAACUUUGGAAGCUUCGUCACGCAUGAGACGAAACACUUCAUCUACUUCUACCUCGGACACUGCGCCAUUCUCCUUUUCAAGACCCAAUGAACAUACGACCGCAGACACCGGUCUGAUUCGCCCAAGCGAAGUCUAUAACCUUUUUCGGAUAAUUCAAGCAGA